CAUGCGCAGCGGCUCUCCAGCGUCUGUGAGCUCAGAGAUUUGUGUGUCUAUGCACAUUGAUGCCAUCCCGAAGAUUGCUAUCGCGGCUCCCAAAUCCCUCAAUUCUCUCGCGUGUGUCCUCGAGAUCUGACAUUCAGUCACACUCUCUGGUCCGAGCCUCACUGAUCACUGAAUUGAUGCUUCCCUGUUCACUAUCUAGCUACCACUGCCUGAGCCAUCUCUUGCUAUUCAUGCCAGGCAAUUGGUCUAACGGGAUCCGCUUCAUUGGUCAAGCAACUGGGUUUACAUGCUCGAUCUUUGCAAGGGGUCUUUUGUUGCUCAUCGACCCGCGCCCGACCUGUUCACUCAACCGACUGUUAGAAGUCUGCCCUCUUGAAGGUCGCUGGGCACGACAUUUGGCGAGUACUACCACGAGAGUGCCAUAAAUCUGAUGACGUCACCACCUACGGCCCCUGCACACGGACGGCAUGAAGUCUCCAGAACAACGAAGACAUGUUCACUCGCGUGAGCAUACGCCCGCGCGAGCACGUCGACGUCUGCAACUCAUGAGCGGGGUAGCCUAGGGGCAAGCAAAGCAGCCGCUGGGCUUCACGGUUGCCGCGUUCACCCUGCUUUGCUCACCUCCGCUGAAAAUCAAGAUGUCACGGGCCACUGC